GUCGAGAAACAAUCGUGAGCGUGUUUUCUGUAACGCUUUCAAAUUUGGAAUCUGUGUGAGGAAUGAACAGACAAUGUGUAUCUCUCUAGAAACUCUGUGAUGGAGGCGCAGAUGAGACUCUUUUUCUUUUUUAUAGUGAUGAUCUCAGCUGCUACUGAGGAAAUAUACCUGUCAGCCACUGAGGGAGGAAACAUCACUCUACCUGACCCUGUGCUGGAGAAUGGAUAUAUUAUAUUUAAAGGAAAGCUUGUUGCCAUGGAGGACAAUGGGAGUGUUAGGAUGCGAGAUCUAACUUACACAAACAGACUUCACUGGGAUAAAAACACUGGACUCUUUACCAUCACAGGACUGAAGAUGAAUGACUCAGGGAGUUAUACUAUUGGCCCUAAUGAAGGAAAUAUUGUGCCUACAUCCUACAUACUUACAGUUUACGACCCUGUACCAGGUCCUGCAGUGAACACAGUGAGUGUGAGCACUGAGAGCUGCAUCUUGCUGUGUUCUGUGGACAAAGCUGAAACCACACUGUUGUGGUACAAAGACGAGGAGAUACUGAACCAGAGCAGCUCUGCUCUCUCUCUGCCUCUCACUGUACACAAGCAGGAUUUCAACUCCUCUUAUAGAUGUGUGGCUGCCAACCCUGCUGAACAUAAGACUCUUCAUGUCAACAUCACAACAUCCUGCUGGAAUAUCACAGACAACACAGAAGACACAAUUUACAGAGAGACACAUUCCUGGUUGUUCCUGAUUCCCAUGAACAAUCUCAAAAGCAUGGAGGAGAUCAGGAGACUGGCUGUUACACCAGAAGAGCUGGACAAGGCCAUAGAAGGGCAUCAACCCAGCAGCAGGACCAGUAUCUGCUCUUUUGUACUCCAUGAGGGGGGAAUGAUGGCCCCACAUCCUGCCGUGCGGCUCGAUUCGCCAGAGAACACCAGAAUUGGCAGGUCUUCCAUUGGUGCCCCAUUCUCUUCACAGAUGAGAGCGGGUUCACACUGA